UGGUGAUUGGUGGGGAAUAACUGCAUAACUGCAACAAACAACUAACUGUGCUCGCUCGUUUCUCCUUUCUGUACUUUCCCUUCCUUUCAGAUUUUGACGUUCAUAAAUUUGACAUUUUUGAAGCUUUGAUAAAUCAAGCGGGAAUAUUUUCUAAAGUAUUUUGUAUUUGUCAUAGGAGCUUACGUGGUGUGAUAAUUUUUUUUUAUUUGAGUGACUAGAAGCAUUUUAAGAACUGCAAAAUGAAGGUUUUUAUGUUUGGUUUCGUGACAUUGUCCGUUGUCAUACAUUUUUGCCUUUUCUCACUUUCUGGAGCAAUUGGAAAUACUCCCCAACCACCACCAACUGAAGGCCCAAAUACAACCACCGUUGCCCCAAACACUACUACGGUUACCCCACCACCAACCACUCCCAACACUACUACCACAUCAACUACCCCUACUACACCUACUACACCAAACACAACCACAACAUCCACCACCCCUACCACACCCACUACCCCAACCACCCCAACCACGCCGACUACUCCAACCACGCCUACUACCCCAACCACGCCUACUCCUACAACUGCUAAGCCGACUGCUGCACCCACCCCCAGGCCUGAGCCAGACCGCAAGUUUGAUGGCACUAGCUUCAUCGGUGGAAUGGUUCUUACAAUGGGACUAAUGGCGAUUGCCUUCGUCUCCUGGAAAUUCUACAAGGCCCGUACCGAACGCAACUACCACACCCUUUGAAAAAGUAAAUUGGACUUGUCGAAUUAUGACCUACAUUAGAUCUGUUUGGGUGUUUUUUUACGUGUGUGCUUGGUUAUUUUACUAUUCAUUUAUUUAGCCUUCAAACUACGAUCAAGACUAGGUAAUCUUUUAACUUAAGUUUGUUUAGGUGUGCAAAAUUAACAUUUCAUCAAAGGUGCAUGUAAUAUAUAAAAUAAUAGUUUUUACAAAAUGUUUUUGCUAUAUGUUCAAUGAAUUAAUUGGAAUUUUCAGGUUUGUGUUAUUGUAUUGAUGGUGGUAAAAUAACCUAAAUUUUUACUAUUGGUGACUUUCAUUAUGUUGAAUUUGAUACAAUGUCAAGGAAAUAUUCUUGGUCUUAAGUCAUUAAUGUUCCGCAAAACUUGUUUGCAUUUAUUGUUCCGUAGAAAUCACAUUGGCAACUUUGGGGAUUUUGCUCUCUAUGUAAAUAUAAGGACAGUACGCUGAGGUAAAGAUUUGUCUCCAGAAUUAGGCCAAAGUUGUGUGUUAAACAUAACACACACUGACACAAAAUGUCAGUGUCUAUGUCUGUUCUUUUGUAUCUAAUCCAUUAUUAUCUUGUAUCUUAAAUUUGCACACCAAAUUAAAUUCUAUCGUAUCACCCCAAACGGUAAAAUGUUUGUUAAUUUAAAUGCACACUCAAAAAUUUUAAAAAUCUCAUUGAUAAUCUCAUAUGUAGUUUUAUGUGCUUUGGUCUUUGUGAAUGGCCUAAUUCCAUAGCUAAUUCCAAUAGUCUUGUAUUUCCGUUUAACAUUUCUUACAUUGUGAGUUAGGCCUACAAAUUUGUUGAUUAUAAAUUUUUAGUUUAAGGUGGUAUUUUUUAGUGGCUGACAUAGAAAUGUAAGUAACACAAUGUAAUUACAUUUGCAGAUUUUGAUUUUAAUUUGAAAUAUUGAUGAAAUUGUGAAUCAAGCUCGUACAUAGUUGAUUAUUUAAAUUAUUGUGAUGCAAUAUUAAUUUUAACAGUCAGGGUGGUUAGUCUAGGUAGUAGGUGAAAUGACUAUGGAUUUAAUGGCGCUAUAAAAAUGAUUGACUUAUUGUUUAAAGCCAUGUAACCCGAGGUCUAUAAUAUAUUCUUAAAAAAUGUUAUUCUACUAUCUUGGUUUUCAUCUCUUACAUCAUAAGGCCAAUUUACGACAUGAAAAUUCUUUGAGAAUAGUGAAACUCAAAAUCCGUCCUUUUCACUUAAAAAUAGUUCCUUACCUGUAUUUGUAUUACUUUUCUCAAAAAGUUUAGAACUAAGUAAGUAAUGAAAGAACAAGGAGUAAGUCAAAUGUUUGUGUGGUAUCGGGGUUGUGAAUAUAAUUUCUAUAUUUGUAUCAAAAACUUAAUCGAUAUUGUACUUUAUGUUAUUUGAUUUACCUCAUGAUAAAAUUCUACACCAUUUCACCAUGUGCAAAGUUUGUGCACGUUAAACUUCGAAUUUAAUAUUGCAAUAAAUGUUAGGUCUAUUGCUUUCCGUGUUUUGUAUAGUUCUGUUUCAUUCCUUAUGCGUACAUAAUAAGAUAAAUUUGAAAAAUCUUUCAACUUUUGAUGUGUCAAAGAUUAAACCUUAGGCAGUUGCAGAUAAAUAAUUACUCUAUUCCAAAUGUAAAAUUAAAUUUUUACCCUUAUGCAUUUCUUGUGGUGGGAAAUACUGAAUGUAAUGCAAUUUAUCUAAUUUGUCUUUAUUAUAGGUUAUGAUAAAAAUGUGUCAAAUGUGGUUGAAAAAUUUGAUUAUUUUACUGAUCAAAUUUAUUUACAACCUUAAUAAUUCAGAUCAAAACUAAACAUUAUAUUAUAGAGUCAUACUUAAUACUUUGUGUGCCUAUAGUGUAAGCUGUGAUACACAUGUAGAAUUUAUCGACUUCUAAUUAAGUUCUAGUCUUAAUAGAAAAUUAGCAUUCUUUGGAUAUCCUUCAUUCAUUCAUAGUUUGUGAAGUUUUUCUUUUCAAUUUGGAUACAAUUAAAUUUACUAUAGUUUCAUAUCAUGAUCAAAUUCACCUUCAAGAACAAGAAAUUGUCUCUUGUAUUUUUAUACAUUUGCCAUGUUUUAACGGUUAAGUUUAGAAAAUGAUAUUAAAAAUAAAGAAUUCCAUAUA